AAACUACAUCCGCUUCACAACAAUACCAAUCAACACUCUCACUCAACAUGAAGGCCUCAACCAUCCUCGUCGCUGCCGCCGCAACUCUUGCCCAGGCCACCAGCUGGCACCAAAACACUACUCUCAUCACCACCGUCAGCCAGACUGCCACCGUCACGGAGUGCUCGUCUGAGUACCCCCACAACCCGACGACUUACACGCCCGUCCCCAUGCCUACCGUGAGCACCCGCAUUCCCGUGCUACCACCUGGUAACGGCACCAUCAUCCCUCCUCCCCAUGGAGGCAACGGCACUGUGCCCACAAGCACCCGCAGCGGUGGUAACGAGCCCACCAACUUUCCCGUGGCACCCACAAACACGGGCGAGCCCGACGUCCCUGGUGCCGCUGCUUUGAACAACGCCGGCAAGGCUGCCCUUGCUGGUGCUGGCUUGGCCGGUGUCUUCUUCCUCCUCUAGAGGCUUGAGCUUGGGUUGACCUUUGGGCGAUAUGGUUCGGGAUCUGGGAACGGCGUCAGCAUCAGCAUCUUCAAUUCUUCUUUCGCAUUCAACGGGGCACUGGCGUUUGGUGGGACAUAUAUAAACUUGUAAUAGCCAUUUCAGGGCACACGGAUCCUUUCAGAUACAACAUAGAUACCAGCUACAUGUACUGCAACAUGCCAGCACAACCUCUCAUUAUAUUCACACAGCCUUUUUGGAACACCAU